AUCUUCCUUCCGGAACGGAAGCCUGCAUUGGUCUUAAGAGCUAAGCAACGCGGCGCCGGGAUUGGGCGAGCAGCUCGGCAGAGCCCAAAGGCGGAAGCUGGAAGCCGGCCGGGAGCCACGCCCCCGGGCCCGGGUGGCGCUACCCGCCCGGUGGCUCCCCCCACCUUCCCCCUUUUCAGGCGUUCGCCUCGGGCUGCCGGCGUGUGAGGGAAGCGCCAGCCUUCCCGGCCGCCUGCAAGAAAGCGCUGCCCGUCCGCCGCGGCACCCAGCCAUGCUGAGGAGCUGCGCCGCGCGCCUGCGUACGCUUGGGAGCCGUCGGACACGCGUGCCUCCGCCCGGUGGCGGGCCGAGAGGAGCAAGGAGGUCAUUUGCUUCUGAAGAAGUUAUUGACAAGGACCAUGCACUCCCCAACCCCAGCUGGAGCACAGACUUACGAUUUCUGUUUGACCAGUUCAUGAAGAAAUGUGAAGAGGGCUCGUGGAAACGUUUGCCUUCAUACAAACGAAACUCAACUCAGAAGUUUCAAGACUUCAAAACCCAUUAUGUUGACCCAAAGCUUCUGAAAGAAGAACAAAUGCCAGGGGCCCAGCUUUUCACCAGAAGCUUUGAGGAUGGCCUGGGCUUCGAAUAUGUAAUGUUCUGUAAUGAUGUCGAAAAUAGAGUAGUUUGCUUUUUUCAAGGAGGUCCUCAUUUACAGGGAAUGCCUGGAUUCACUCAUGGUGGUGCCAUUGCAGCCAUCAUCGAUGCCACUGUUGGUACAUGUGCAUUUAGAGCCAGAGGAAUCGUCAUGACUGCCAAUCUCAACAUCAAUUAUAAAAGACCUAUUCCUCUUCGUUCUGUUGUUGUGAUAAAUAGCCAACUUGAUAAAGUUGAAGGAAGGAAAGUUUUUGUUUCCUGUGAUGUUAGAAGUGUAAAGGAGGAGACCUUAUAUUCAGAGGCAACAGGCUUAUUUAUAACCUUGGAUCCUAAUAAAAAGCUGACUUAGAAGAGUUCUGGUAAAUUCUACCUCAUUGUAUGAGCUUCCCUUCUCCAGAAGAGGAGGUGUCCCCACUCCUGUGCUGCUCACGCUGUUGCUGCCCCGAGAAAACCUGACACUGACCUUCUGAGCUGCUUUCGGAGCACCACACCCGAAGCUCCCUUUCCACCUAACCUUUUCACAAGAAAUCCUCCCUGUGUGAGUGUCGUCAUUUCUCUGUAACUCCUUAGUAUAACUGUGUUCUCCUAAAGUUCAAAUAGGCUCCUUAAAGUUAUACACCAUGGCAUUUGCCUACCUCAGACUGCAGAAAAAAAUCUAUGCUGAAAUUUACACUGCAAACUUGGAAAUGCAAGAAAACCAAAGAAGGAAGAAAUAUGUGGGGUUGUGUAUAGAUGUACAUAUGUGUGCAUAUGAACAUACAUUGUAAAUUACAAAGCCAUCCUUGUUGUAUCUGAACAAACAAAUCUGGACCAGGGUAGGAAGAACAGCUUUCUUCUAUAAGAAUGGAUACCUCGGGCUGGGGAUUUAGCUCAGCGGCAUAAGCGCCUUCCUUGCAAGUGUGCAGUCGUGAGUUCAAUCCCUGGUACCGAUAAAAACGAAAAAGACAAAAAAAAAAAAAAGAAUGGAUACCUCAGUUGGGGGUUUAGCUCAGUGGCCUGCCUGGCAAGCGCAAGGUCAUGAGUUUGAUCCCCAGAGCCACCAAAAAAAAAAAGAAUGGAUACCUCAGGUAUCCUGCCUAGAGUUCUAGGGAUUAAACCACUGUACCCUUUUUAACAUAGGUUUUACUGUUGUAUUUUACCAGUGGAAUAGUUUGUCAUCACUGGAAGCAGCCUUUGUUUUCCUAGCUGUGUAACAAAAUACCUCAAACAAUGUGUUAUUUUCAGCGAACAAUAACUCAUCGUCCAGCGUCUCACAGUUCUGGAGACCACAAGUCCACAAUUAAGAUAUUAAUGAGGUGCCAUGCCCCUUUUGAAGGUAUAAGAGAAAACUGUUUCAAGACUCCUCCCUAACAGAUUCCUUGGCUUGUAGGAGCAGCACAGUUCUCCGUGUUUUUACAUUGACUUCCCUCUGUGGGUGCCUUCAUCUCUGUCUUAAUUUCCCUGUUUUGUAAGGACACCAGCCUGUUGAUAGAGCCUACCGGAAUUACUUCACUUUAACUCAAUUAUCUCUGUAAAGACCCUGUUUCCAAAUAAGGUCACGUUAUGAAGUACUGUAAAUUAGUGUUGCACCUGUUCAUUUUGAAGUUGGGAACGCAAUUCAGCCCAUAAAAGUGACUAAACUUGGGAGAUUAAUGUUCUGAACAUGUUAUGCUUCCUACUGCAGGUAGUGGAUUCUUUGGACUUUAGUUUCUUGCCUUUCCUUUAUUGAAGGUUUAAGCUGAAUCAUUUGAAAUUGCCAUUUUCAAAAGUCAAAAUGGUUACAUAUUGACAGUCUCUUACAGCCAACACUAUUAACUUUGGGAUAGCUUCUUUUUACUUAACCAGUCAUCCUACAGCCAGAUCAGCUGACAUGCUGUAGAACUACAUGAUACUAACAUGCCCAAGCCAGAGGAAGAUCUGGGUCCUGCAAACUGUCCAGAGCAGCUCACAAGCUGCAGAAAAGGCCCGGCACAUAGAGCGCCCCCCACAGGCAGAGCUGUCAGUUCCUUUUCCUUGGAGACUCAGAAAGCUUGGGGAAGUGGUUCAAGAGAACUGGGCUCACAGCUCUGACAACUGUUUAUUCCCACUUUUCCUUUCAAGUAAUCCUGAAAUGUCAGAGACAGUGAGUGCUUAAGAUAAUUGUAUCUCAUAGCUUUCUUUUCAUAGAAACUGGCCAUGUUUUUUAAAAAAUUGUGAAACUGAAGGAAAAAGCUACCGCUGCUAUGUAGGUUCAGUCAACUAAGAGGAAGUUCAGACAUUGACCCUUUACCCUGUGUUUUAGGUAUCUGAAUAGUACUGCAGAACAGCUAGAGAGCACUAGACCUCUACCCAAGCCUAAGAACCUGAUGACUACUUUUCUUCCUGCUAAGUGUGCUCUUCAGAGGUACAGCUCCUUUCGUACUUUUCCUCCUUUCCUACCCACUUUCCCAGUUUCGGUUCUCACACUGGUUGAUCCCAUCGAGGGUGCACUGCAGAUCUUGAGGUUCUAUAUAAGAUCAAUGAAGGGAAAAUCUCAGUUGCUGUUAACACAGGAUUCCCUGCUUUGGCACAGAUUCAGGGCUUCCCCUUGACAUCUUGCCUUCACUGGAUUGUAUUCUGACAAAUACAAAAGGUGGCUGCACAGUUGGAAAGGGUGGGAAGGUGCAGUCAGACCUGUGGGCAGCUCCCCUCCACUGGCUGUGCGACUUCUCGCUGCCUGCUUUCCCGUUGUACACUGGCUGGUAAACACCAUUGUGAAUGAAGAUAGGACUGAUCUGGUUGGUCCUAAACCACAUUUGUACAAACAACUAGACAGUAAAUUUUUGCUUUUAUUUCCAGAUUUCUAAAUGUCUGAGAAGCACAAUUUUAAGAAUUAUGUACAGAAACACAUAAUUGGAAAGAAUUAAAAAAUAGAUUUUUUUUUUUUUUUGUACUGGGGAUCAAAUUCAUGACCUGGCACUUGCCUGGCAAGUGCUUGUACCACUGAGCUUUAGCUCAGGUUUACCCCCGGACCCCCAAAAUAGACUUUUUUUUAAACAAGAGAAUGAAAUUAAGAUCUUUUGUGUAUUAAGGAAACUCAUUCUCCAGUUCUUAUGCUCCACCACCCACUACCUUCUCAGAACCCUCGAUCUUUCCUCCUGGGGAGUUUGAGGCCAACUUAUUAUUCUACUUAAUAGUUGGCUACUGUUGAACCCUAGCCAGAUAUAUUUUUCAGUGCCAAGUGUUUGAGAUCUCUGAGGUAAAAAUAGACCAAAAUUUAAGUCAUUGAAGAUAACUUACAGAUUUCAUGUUCUCAUGCUUAAAUUUUUUUAAUUUUUAAAAAUAUUUCUGUUGAUAGUAUUCUUGGUCUAGUAAUACUAUGACAAGUUCAAGGUUACAGAAUUGGUUCCUUAAGAGAUGUAAAAUUAGGUAGUCUGCAGACAGAGUUGCCACAAGAGGAAAAAAAACCCCCACAGACCAAUUUUCUUUAUGCAUAUAAUUACAGAAGUAUUUAGAAGACCACUAACAAACUAAAUCCAGUGGUACAUUUUUAAGAUUUUACACUGACCAGGGAAAUUUAUCCCACCAAUGCAAGCACUUUUUUUUGGGUACCAGAGGUUGAACUCACAAUGUUGUGCUUGCCAGGCGGGCACUUAGGCCACUGAGCUAAAUCCCUAACCCUUUAUCCCACCAAAAGAAGCAGUUCUACUUAAAAAUAAAUCAGUCACCCACAUGUGAUGCAUCUCUAAUUCCAGCACUCUGGCAGGCUGAGGCAGGAGGAUCGUUGUGAGUUCGAGACCAGCCUGGCUACAAAGUGAGCUCAAGGCCAGCCUGAACUGCAUAGCGACCCUGUCUCAAAAAGAUAAAAAUACAUAAAAAAUAAAAAGGAUUGGGAAUGUGGCUUAGUGCAAAGUAGACAUAGAUAUAUUACAUAGCCAUAAGAGUUGUGUGAAAUUUCACUAUGUGCUACAACACAUGUGAACCUUGAGACAAGUGUGCUAAAUGAAAUGAACAGACAUAAGUGGACAAAUAGAAUAUAAUACUACUUACAUAAAACAUCUAAGGGCAAACCAUGCAGUAGCCCAAGAAGAGGGAAGCCAGUUCGCCCUUCCCAUGAGCUGACUUUUCCCCACCCCCAAACAACCAGCCAGUUCAGAGGACAGACUGUGUUGAUAGAAACUGAGAUGUAAAAACAACUAAAUGCUUGUAUUGUCUCAUUGACUUUGCAGGCCUAAGGCCAGUAGUCUGAGCAUCCGUUAGCAAGAUAACUAUGUAAUACAGCAAAUAUGAGGAAUUUCCUUGUGUCCUGUUUUUAAAAUCCAAGAUUGUUCUCACUGUUUUGUCCCAAUUUAUUGUUUUAUUUAAUGUUCUGUUUUGAUUGGUUUUAUUCAGUUUUGUUUGAUUUUACUAUGUCUGAUGGUAUGGACGACUAUUGUGAAAAUAAGAUAUUAUGGUAGGCAUUGUUGAUUUCCUGUUAUCCUGUUUUGAAGCUGUAUACCAUUUUAACUGUAUUCUCUUUAAAAUAAAAAAAAUUUAAGACUACGCAAAUUCAUAAGAGACAGAAACUGGAAAUUACAGGGCAGGAGAUAGAAGAAUGGGGAGUUAUUUUUUCAUAGAUACAGAAUUUGAGAUCACAACAAGAAAUAAAAAGGUUCUACAAUAUUGUGAAUAUAAUUAAUGCUACUGAACUGUUAAAACUAAAACAACUGAUUUUGUUAUAUGUAUAUUUUGUUACAACUUUAAAAAAGUUUCUUGUGAUAUACCAAAAAUGUACUAUACACUUUUAAGUAUUUGAAUUUCAUCUUAAUGCACCAUUUUGAGAGAGAGAAUCUUGCUGAGUUAAUCAGACUGGCCUUAAACUUACAACAGUCCUGCCUCAGUCUUAGAAGUUAUCUGGAAUUCCAGGCUUGCACUACCACUCCCAGCAAUACUAAAAAUGCAAAUACAAAUAAAUAUAAGAAAUUGGCAGAACAUGCAUACUAUCCAGAGUCUUUUACCCUGCUAUAAGGAUAAAACAGUGAUUAACAUUUUCAUUAAGAAAUCAGUAACAAAUCCUGGGGAAGCUCACAGGAGGGCAGAAUAUCUCUGCUUUUUGUUGGUGGGACUGUAAACUAGUACAAUCACUAUGGAAAUUAGCAUGGAGAUCCUCCUUGCUCAAAAAAAAAACUGAAAACAGCUGGGCACAGUGGCAGUAGUCCAUUAUCCCAGCAUUCAAGAGGCUGAGGCUGGAGGAUCGCUGUGAGUUUGUGGCCAGCCUGGGCUACAUGGUGAGUUCCAAGCCAGCCUGCACUGCACAGGAAGACUGUCUCACAAAACUAAACCAAACAAAAUUUCCAUUUGACUCAAAUAUUUCUUUGUAGGUGAUAUAGGAGUGAAAUAGACCCUCCAAAUGAUAUAGGGGAUAUAAAACUUCCAACCUGCUAGAUGGCUUGAGGCACCUCAAGUAAAUAAUGUUAAGUGAAAUAAAUCAGACACAAGCAUAGUUAAGUAUCUUUCUUGUAUGAGAAACCCAAAAUGUAAGUCAAGAGCAAAAUAAAUGAUAGUAGUAUUAUAGACAACUAAGUAGAAAUAUAGUAGGCAGUCAAGGCUGGGCUCUUGGGAGUCAGUGCAGAAGUUGAGAACACAUGGAAACUGGCUGGAAGCACAUCUGCAGAAGACUAAAGUUACAAUAGCUAGCUUUACAUAGCUCCCUAAAGGAUGAACAGAGACUUGAGAUUAUUGCUAUCACCUAUUUGAGAUUUCCCAUUAUCUCAUUAGGAGUGGACCAUCCUCUCCCACCUACUAAGACUAAAACCAUUAAGACUACAAAAACUAAAGACAAAGCUCAGACUAGAUUAUUGACCAAGGUUAAAGAUGUCACCUGUGUACCUUAGAUCAGUUUACCUAAGCAACUAUACUUGUAAUCUUAAUCUCCUAGUUCCUUAUAAUUCAUUCUUUGACUUUAGGGAACACAAACUUGGUGUGUCUGAUAUCUAGCAUCUCCCUAUAUUGGUAGGAAAUUGGGAGAUCUUUUUCAAAUGGGAAGGGAACCUAGAGAUGGAGCAGAGAGGGAUGAGGGGUGAGACACAAAAAGUUAAGAUAUAUUAAGUACAUGUAUCAACUUAUGAUAAAUAUAAUGAUGUACUGCAAACAUAGAGUAAUAAAAAUAAAAAUGAUACUCUA